AUGCAGAGCACACUCCUCGCUUCGUGGUACCGCGAGCCUGGCUUCUACCAGUUGGAGAGGCGGGCCAUCUUCAGCAAAUCAUGGAUCAUGAUCUCGCACUCCUGCCAGUUCGAUGAGCGAGGAAAGUACGCCCGCUAUGAGAUGGCCGGCUACCGUUUCUUCUCGUACAGUAUGAACGGAAACUUGGCCAAGGCCCCUCGUUUUGACCAGGUGGAGGGCUUCAAGAAGGAAGACUAUAAACUUUACAAGGUUCACACUCACAUCGAUGACCUCGGAUUUCUCUGGGUCAAUCUCGACGCUGCUGAGACACCCACUUUCAGUUGGGAGGAGCAGUUCGGUGUCGCGAGAUUCUCCAGAUUUUCCUGGCUCAUGGCCAAGCUAACAAGUGUCCACAGCCCCAUCUUCUUCUACACGAUGUCCAUCGUCCCAACAUCUGCAACCACCAGCCUGAUGCGAUACGAAGUCUAUCGAUCCAAGACGGCGACCCCAGAGCAGCUGAAGGAAAAGCUCGACUUCAUCGCCCAGGUCGAGGGCGAGGAUAAGUGUCUCGCCAACGGAGCCCAGGGCAACCUGAACAGCGACACGUACACCACGGGGCCGUUCCACCCGGAUGUCGAGGGAAGGAGUCACCUACGUAGUGAAUCUUCUGAAGAAGGUUCUGCGUGA